AUGUUGAAAAAUUAAAUGAAUCAAUUUUCAAAAGAUUAUUUAUUGGAAUUGGAAUAACAAAAUAAAUUUAAUUUAAAUCAGCUCUAAAUUAAGUACGAAAACUUUUGGAAUAAUAGAAUAUUAAAUUUUAAUCCGAAUCAAGAAAAAACCAAAAUUAAGAGCAAUUAAAAUUCAAUAUCCUAAUCCCCACUCACAUUAAAAUAACAAUAGGAUCAUUUAUUCUAAAGUAAUUACAAUUAUCUACUGAUUUUCCAUGAGAUGUUUAUGUGGUUAGUCCCAAUUGAUUAUUAUUAAUAAAUUAUAAUUUCAAAUAUAUUAUCAUAUAAUCAACAAUAAUAUAAGUCAAUUUGUUAAUUGUAGGAUUCUAUUUCUGAUCAUAGGAAAAGGAAAUAAUUUAUCAUUACAAAAAAACUUUUCUAAGGGAAUAAAAAUCUGAAAAAUUCUAAAGGUUUGAUAACUAACUUUGAUGUUAAAUUAUACGAUUACAUACACAAUAGGAAUAUAUAUACAUUGAAUAAGCAGUAUAAUAUGUUAUUUAAUGAUAGGGUUAAGGAGAUGACCUAGAAAUUUCAUAUGAAUAAUUGGAAACAAAUUUAAAUCAAUUAAAAUAUCGAAAAUUGAAAUAUCUUUAGAGUGGAUCUUUGAAAGCUUAAAAACGAAUAAAAACUUAAAAAUAAGUAGAUGAGAUUUCAGAUGAUUAUUCACUUUAAUCUAUUUAUGAAGUGAAUCUUGAAGUUUUAUAUGAUCAAACCAAUCAAUUGACCAAAAAGUUAAAAGAAAUGAACGAUGCAGGGUUUAUAAAAGAAUUAAACAACUGA